GCUUCUUAUAGACUCUGUUUCCCAGCAUGCUUUGUGUGCAAGUGCAGUCGCUGAGCCGAAAGAACGAGUGCGGAUUAGAGUUUAUUUGAGAAGCUGAAAAUGUCUGACAAGUUUGAAGAAAAGAUUAAGAACUACAGGACGGCUCCUUUUGAUGCCAGGUUCCCCAACACCAACCAGACCCGGAACUGCUACCAGAACUAUUUAGACUUCCACAGAUGUAACAAAGCCCUUUCAGCUAAAAACCAGGACACGGCUCCUUGUCAGUGGUACCGCAGGGUGUACAAGAGUCUCUGCCCCAUCAGCUGGGUUGAGAAAUGGGAUGGCCAGCUGGAAUCAGGAUCUUUUGCUGGGAGGAUUUGACGACAACUGUUCGCGCUGGCGGUAAUGCAGUGAGCACCACCACCUGACGACCCCUCCCACUUUUUCUAUUUCCUUUUGCAUCCUGCAGUCUUCAAAUAUCAGACAUCACACUUGACAACUGAGCGAGCAUCUAUAGC